AUGAGCGACACGAUUGAAAGGGCCUUUUACCCCCGGUACUGCUUCCACCUGGCCCCGACUGCAGAUGCCUGGUGCUUCUUCCGGAUAGCGGACCUGUUUGCGCUGCAACAGCGAGACGGCUUCGAGGGGGAGGGCUUGUUCUUCUACCAAAAUCUACCGAUUAAAUGGGUCCGCGUCGUCGGCCUGGUGGUCGCCGUUGACGAGUUCGCGGGCCGCCGAGCGUUUACCAUCGACGACAGCAGCGGCGCCUGCAUAGAAGCCAUCGUAUCACUAGACACUGCGAAAACGGCCUCGACUACGAACGAGCCCGCGGCAGCACCGGCCGGUUCCCUGGCGCAACCCUACGACCACGUCGACGUGGGCUCCGUCGUGGACGUUAAAGGCGCACUGACCACAUUUCGCGAUGCCAGGCAGCUCAAAGUGGAGAAGAUGACCACGGUGCCGAGCACCGCGGGGGAGGUCAGCCUCUGGGCCAAGAGGAGCGCCUUUCGCAGGGACGUGCUGGGCAAGGCCUGGGUGCUGCCAGACAAGAGGAUCCGCCAGUGCCGCAGGGCUGCGGAACGGUCAGAGGCAGAGGCCGAGAGGAAGAAGCAGCGUCUCAGGGAUGCUGCUGCCUUCGGAAGCCGGCAUCAGACGAAGGCGGGCAAAGACAAGGACAAGGACGCGGCGCGUGGGAGACGCGGGGUGGCUGAGGGGCCUGGAAAGGCGGCGCAGUUCCCGAGCAGAGACGGAGAGGAGGCUCUGAAGGUGCUGGUGGCAAGCUGUAAGGGCGAGUACAGCGCCCUAGGGCUCUGA